AUGCGCAAGCUUGAAGUAGAGUGGCACUUCAACCCCCCUAAGGCGAGUCACUACGGAGGUGUCUGGGAACGCAUGAUUCGUUCCAUUCGUAAGAUUCUGCGCGUUCUGCUGGGUAAUCAAGUGGUGGAUGACGAGACGCUGUUGACUGUUAUGACAGAGGUUGAAAAGAUCUUGAAUGACAGACCGCUGACUCGUGUUAGUGAUGACCCUAACGAUCUGGAGCCCCUGACGCCCAACAAGUUGCUUCCAGUCUACCGGAACGCCUGUAAUGCACCUGUUGAUCCCUCAUUCGACAGGUUUACGCGACGCUGGAGACAGGCUCAGUACCUGUGCAACAUAUUCUGGAGGCGUUGGCUUCACGAGUAUCUGCCUGCAUUGCAAGAGCGCCAGAAGUGGCUUCACCCACGCCGCAAUCUUGUUGCUGGAGAUCUCGUUCUUCUUGCUGACGAGUCUUGCCCCCGUGGGCAGUGGCCUCUUGGUUUAGUCCAAGAGACCUUCCCCAUUGAUUCGGACACGUCCGACAAGCGACUGUGA